AUGGGCCGCCAUGUAACCAUCUGGUCAGCCGCGUUCCUGGCCACGGGCGGCUUCCUCUUCGGCUUCGACUCGGGCAUCAUCACCUCCACAAUCGCCCUCCAGACCUUCAAAUCCUACUUCAACCCCUCCGACGCCGUCGCGGCCGGCAUCGUCUCCUCCUUCCAGGGCGGCGCCAUCCUCGGCACAAUCAUCAACAUGAUUUGCUCCGACUGGCUCGGCCGCCGCAACACCGUGUUCCUCGGCUCGCUCAUCUCCAUCAUGGGCUCCGCGCUCCAGGCCGGGUCGGAAAAUCUCGUCGCUCUCAUUGUUGGGCGGUUCGUCGGCGGGACGGCCGUGGGCGUGCUGACGUCUACGAUUCCCAUGUACGCCUCGGAGCUCGCGCAGGCGAGACAUCGGCGCUUCCCACUAGCAUUCCAAUGCAUUCCCGGCAUCAUCAUCGCAACAGGAAUCUACUUCCUCGAAGAAUCCCCCCGCUGGCUCGUCGAAAAGGGCCGCUACGCCGAAGCCCGUCGCAGCCUGGACAAGCUCCGCGUCGGCGUCGACGAAAAGGCCGUCGACGUGGAGUACAACGAGAUCCGCCACGCCGUCCGCACCCAGUCCGCCCUCCGUGAGAACGGCAACCUCUGGAAGGCCAUCAUCACCAAACCCUCCUGGCGAAAACGCCUCCUGCUCGGCUGCGGCGUCCAGGCCUUCUCCCCGCUCUCGGGUAUUAAUGUAAUCAACUACUUUGGCCCCCGCAUCUACGAGCUCCUGGGCAUCGGCACCCAGACCUCGCUCAUGAUUAUCGGCAUCAACGGCGCGCUGGGCAUCAUAUACAACACCGUCGGCCUCUGGAUGCUCGAUCGCGUCGGCCGCGUAAGGCCCCUCAUCGCCUCAGCCGUAGGCCUAGCCGCCGCUCUCCUCGUCAACGCCAUCCAAUUUCAGUACCUGGACCGCUCCAACGCAGACCAACUACGCAGCAUGGUCGCCAUGAACUUUGUCUUUGGCUUCUUCUUCACGCCCUUGGGGAUCAUAAGCUGGGUCUACCCGGCCGAGAUCUUCCCGCUCGAGAUCCGCGCUCUCGGCAACGCGCUCACGACCUUCACCAACUGGACCAUCAACCUCGUCCUCGUCUCCUUUUCGCCGCAGGCCCUCACGGCCGUGGGGUUCAAGUUCUUUUACGUCUUCUUCGUCUUCAACGUCGUCGCGGCGCUGUGUUACUACUUUUUCUAUCCCGAGACGUCGGGUCGUACGCUCGAGCAGAUGGACGAGCUGUUUGGCGAUUAUGUGCCCAUGUCGGAGCAGAGCGCGCUGGGGACUGUCAUCACCGGGUCCGACAGCACAAGAGGGAAAGGUGGCAAGUAUGGCUCGUUUUCAGUUCACGAGCGCGUCUCCUCGGCUGCGGUGUAA